AGAUGGAUGAUAGGCACAGAAGAUAGGAGGGGUUAAAGACCAAGCAAACAUUACGCUUUACUCUGUCAUAUUUCACCCACAGUACAUUAUUUCUGGGUCCAUGGAUUACUCAAACGAUUAUUGGGUCACAACUUAAACCAAACCCACAAAAAACCUCAAAUGAGCUUCGGCACGUCACAUUUCAGGACGAACAUCGAGCGAUAAAACCGGCGGAACAACAUGGUUGAUGCAUCUGCAGGAAACAUCAGGUACACCGGUGGUUAGUGCUCUCCAUGACUGUAACAUGAGGACCGGUGGAGAAUGACAUCUUAUCUCUACUGUUGAUACUGAAAGCCAGAGAAAAUGAAGAGGGUGAAUGGAUACGUGAUCAUUUAUUUAGUGUCCAUGAUUAGUUUUAGUGUGGCAGGGCCUUUGAACAUCUCGGCAGUGGAUGAAGAUGCAAGAGAGAACGGGACAGAGGCAGAUGGUGACGGCUCGGUUCCUGUGGUGCUCACCAAAAUAAACCAGAUCAUCGCCCGGGAGGGAAACUGUGCUUUAAUUGACUGUAAUAUCACCGGUGACCCUUUCCCAAAUGUCCAGUGGUUCAACUCACACGGACACCUGCUUGACACACAGAUGAGUGAUGGUAAAUGGUGGCUUCUGGACAAUGGCAUCCUCAACAUCACCAGCAUCACGUUUGCAGACCGUGGCAAAUACACAUGCGUGGCCUCCAACGCGUACGGCAAGGCCAACUGCACCGUGACUCUGCGUGUGGUCUUCACCAAUGGAGAUAUGGGUGUGUACUAUAUGGUAGUGUGUCUGGUGACGUUCACCAUCAUAAUGAUUCUCAACAUCACUCGCCUUUGCAUGAUGAGCAGCCAUCUGAAGAAAACCGAGAAGGCCAUCAACGAGUUUUUCCGAACGGAAGGUGCAGAAAAGCUUCAAAAGGCCUUUGAGAUCGCGAAGCGUAUUCCCAUCAUUACCUCAGCCAAAACGCUGGAGCUGGCGAAGGUCACGCAGUUCAAGACCAUGGAGUUCGCGCGCUACAUAGAGGAGUUAGCGCGUAGCAUCCCGCUCCCGCCGCUGAUCAUGAACUGCCGCACCUUCAUGGAGGAGAUCCUCGAGGUCGUCGGCGUGGAGGAAAUGAGACACACCUUCGUCCGACAAGCACCCGAGCUUCACGAAGGCCCCGGCGGAGUGGUCGUCAGCACUUCCAGGGACGUUUUCUCAAUCUUGCACGAGAGAGAGCGGGCGAGGGAGAGGGAACGCAGCGAGUCUCCUGCCGCGGACUCGGACGACGCGUCGCUUCACGAGCAGCCUCGACACAUGGCCAUUCAGGUUUCCAUUCAUCCGCCGCUAGCCGACGCUGGGUGCUGUAACAUGGAAGCUCCGCCUCUUCCCGAAGUGGUUUCUCCACCGCCUGUCGAUCAGCUGCCUUUGGAGGCGGAGUCUGAAGAUAAGGAAAUCAAGGCGGAGUCUGUCGAAGAGGAGGGCGUGACGACGCAGAAUACCCAAGUCAUUUACGAAAGCCAUGUGUAAUAUCUUAAACUAAGGGUAAUGAGCUCGCUAUGCAUUCUCUUGGGGAAAGAAAAAAGGUCAAGAUUUGAUUUUCUUAGAAGUUGCAUUUGUGUUAGUGUGAAUCUCUCAAAACUUAAAAAAAAGAGUGUCAGGGUCGUAUUUCGUCGUAAAAUCAAUCGAAAAGAGAAAUAAAAUAAAGCUUUUAUGUUGUAACUCAUUUCAGUUUAGCAAUUUAAACCCCGCUAUUGUAAUGCAAUACGUGUUUUUCUCAUUACUGUACAUUUAAAAUAUAGACAUCAUGCUUGUGUUUGAAUCAAUUUACAAUUGAUGCUGAUUAAACAGAAUUAUUGUCAGUGCAAUAAUUAUGCGGAUAUAAAUCAAAGGGUAUUUGCAUUAUAUAGUGUAAUGAGAUUUUCUUCUUUUUUUGCAUUACGGUAAAGAUAAUUUGGGGACUAAAUUCGCUUAAAAUGACGUUCACAAUCCCAAAAAAUUAUUCAUGUUCUUAAAAAUGUAAUUUUCCGUUUUGGAAAAAACCAAACAUUUCUUUUGGUUUUGGGGUGAAAUAUUACCUUCUCACUUCUUUUGAGUUUGACUUGUUAAAUUGUUCUUCCCAAUGACAAUGAAUACUCAUGCUGAAUGUAUUUUGAGGCAAAGUUCUCGGUUGAUUUCAAAAUCCUGGUUUGCCCAUGGAUUAUUUCUGUCUUGUGUAGUUAAUAGAAACUACACAAAGUUCACAUCUUGUGUCUUAAUCGACAGACAGGAAGUAGUUUUACUGUUGGAUGUUGUUACAGAUUGUCCACUUCAUGAAUGAAUGAAUGAAUGAGAACGGACGACUGAUUAAUGCAUUUGGCUGAAAGAAAAACACAAACCAUUUGAGGCUGUAGUGCAUUUUCCAUUUAAUAGAAAUCAAACAUUUUUCACUAAAGAUUAAAUUAUGAUUUUUGCUUCCUCUUACAAUGCAUGAAGAAUGCAUGUCAAUCUUUUCUCAAUGCUGGAUUUGGAGAGACUUUGUGUGUUAUUUAUCCUUUGUGUCAUGUUGGCCAGGUAAAUGGCAUCGACCCUUGAAUAACAUUGAGAAAUCUCAGUUUUGAGGCAUUCGACUUUCCACUGGAGUCCUUGUACUGUUACUGUAAUUAAACAUAGUAUUAUUACUUUAUUAGUAAGUGUUUUAGUCUCAAAUGCACAACUUGGUGUCUUUUUCUUUCUUUCCUAAGAGUAAACUGUUGCAGGCGUCUUUGUUUCAUUUGAAACUCUACAUAACAGAGUCUUGACGAUGUUUAAUCUCCUGUAAUUUCCAAACCCAUAGUUUUGCUUCUUAAAAAGGCUUUACCUCUUAGUUUCAGUGCAAACGUGUUCUAGUUCUUCAAUGUUGCUGAUCUUGCUUUGUUGGACGUCUAACGCCGGAGUGACCUGCAGUUUGUCCAACGCACUGAUGGUAACAUCUAAGCACUAGUCAUUCAGAUUGUUCCUGGAAACGAUGGCCAUUAUACUCUUCAAAACGCUGUUUAAGUAGUGAAAUAAAGCUGCUGUUGUACCAAUGA